ACUGCGUGGAAACUCUCUCGUCGGAGAAAUCCCUGAUUGGAUCGGUGAAAUGGGCAGCGUGGAGACUCUGGAUCUCUCUGCCAACAACUUCUCCGGGAAUGCGCCCUUUUCUCUGGGAAACCUCCUCUCUCUCAAGGAACUCAACCUUUCCUCAAACUUUCUCGCUGGGGAGAUCCCACACAGUAUCAUCUCCAACUGCUCCGACUUACUCUCCUUUGACGCCAGCAAGAAUUCAUUCACCGGCUGGAUGCUCUUCUCCGGGAACCUCUCCAGCCUUGGCUUUCUUCAAGGUCUUCGCCUUCUAGAUCUUUCCUCCAAUGCUUUUUCCGGUGAGAUACCUUCUAACAUUUUGAUCCUUACAAGUUUGGUGCACCUUAAUCUCUCCACCAACUCUCUCUUCGGUUCCAUACCCACCUCCAUUGGAGGACUCAAACUCGUUGAGAUUCUUGAUCUGAGUAGUAACCUUCUCAAUGGAACACUUCCUUCUGAGAUCGGUGGAGCCAUCUCCCUUAAACAACUCAACCUUCAGAGAAACCACCUCACCGGCCACAUCCCGCCUCUCAUCUCAAACUGCUCUGCUUUGAACACAAUAGAUCUGUCGGAGAAUAAGCUAUCCGGUGGGAUUCCGGGGAGCAUUGGCAGUCUCAGCAACCUACAGUACAUAGACUUGUCGAGGAACAAUCUCUCUGGAAGUUUACCCAAACAAGUAGAGAAACUUACCCACCUGGUCACCUUCAACAUCUCUCACAACCGCAUCACUGGUGAGCUCCCAGCUGGAGGUUUCUUCAACACCAUCCCUCUCUCUGCCGUCACCGGAAACCCAUCCCUAUGCGGCUCCGUCGUUAACCGCUCAUGUCUCUCUGUCCACCCUAAACCCAUCGUCCUCAAUCCCAACUCCUCCAAUCCAGCCAGUGGUCCACCUCUCAGCGGUCAGAUCCGGAAGAGCGUUCUUAGCAUAUCCGCGCUCAUUGCCAUUGGUGCUGCUGCCUUCAUUGCCAUUGGGGUUGUGGCCGUUACUCUGCUCAAUGUGCACGCCCGAUCUAGCAUGUCCCGCCACGAUGCAGGAGCUGCUCUCGCCAUGUCAGUUGGCGAAACCUUCAGCUGCUCCCCGAGUAAAGAUCAAGAAUUCGGGAAGCUGGUGAUGUUCUCAGGGGAAGCGGAUGUGUUUGACACAAGAGGCGCAAAUGCAUUGCUCAACAAGGACUGCGAGCUGGGCCGUGGUGGGUUCGGAGUGGUCUACAAGACGAGUCUCCAGGAUGGGCGUCCUGUGGCAGUCAAGAAACUGACAGUCUCGGGUCUGAUAAAGUCGCAGGAGGAGUUCGAGAGAGAGAUGAGAAAACUCGGCAAGCUGAGGCACAGGAAUGUGGUUGAGAUCAAAGGCUACUACUGGACGCAGUCGCUGCAGCUUCUGAUCCAUGAGUUUGUCUCUGGGGGAAGCUUAUACAGACAUCUCCACGGGGACGAGUGCGUUUGCCUCACUUGGCGUCAACGCUUCAGCAUCAUUCUGGGGAUAGCGAGAGGUCUGGCUUAUCUGCACGGGAGCAACAUCACUCACUACAACCUGAAAGCAACGAACGUGCUCAUAGACGCAGCCACUGGGGAGGCUAAAGUCUCUGACUUUGGGCUGGCCAGGCUUUUGGCCUCCGCGCUGGACAGGUGUGUCUUGAGCGGAAAGGUACAGAGCGCCUUGGGGUACACGGCCCCGGAGUUUGCAUGCCGGACGGUAAAGAUAACAGAGAAGUGCGAUGUGUACGGGUUUGGGAUCUUGGUGCUGGAGGUGGUGACGGGGAAGAGGCCGGUGGAGUAUGCGGAGGACGACGUGAUGGUGCUGUGUGAGACGGUGAGAGAGGGGUUAGAGGAAGGGAGAGUGGAGGAAUGCGUUGACGCUAGGCUGAGAGGAGAUUUUCCGGCAGAGGAGGCAAUACCAGUGAUAAAACUAGGGUUGGUAUGUGGGUCCCAAGUGCCCUCGAAUAGGCCUGAGAUGGAGGAAGUGGUGAAGAUAUUAGAGCUCAUACAGUGUCCCUCUCAAGAGUUUGAGUGACGACGACAAGAUGGAACAAGUUCUUUAUUUCUUCUUCAGUUAUCAUCAUAUAUAAAAAAAAGUUCCAUCUUCAUCUUUUAUAAAAAGAAAGGUUUUGUUUUCUUAUGAGCUUAUCAUGCCAGCUGAGCUCAGUUCGAGGAGUCUCUCACACUCAUUGUAACCAAAAUGUUGAAGGUUGUUAUUGUUUCAUAAAGUAGAUCAAAAUGUUCGAGGUUUCUCUGUUUGUUAUGCCCUAUCUAUAUCAUUCCCACAUUUUAUUUGAA